AUGUCGAUCUCACGUCUGGCGAAUACGUAUACUCUUUCCGGAUACAGGGAACAGAUUCUCGCGAACGCUGUGCAUCUCUUCCCCAAGUUGGUCGAAGGCAAUUUCAAACCAACACAACCGGAUGAAAGUACCAAAAUGCAGAAUUCAAGAAGUCCAUUCGACGUCGUCCUCGUCUGCAAGAAUGAAGGCACUUGGAGUAACAAGACGAAUUGGAGGGCUCAUUUGGUUUAUUCGGGAAGCAGAACUGCUGCGUCGGGAUGUUUUAAGACUUCGGAAUUGCAGGCUCUAGGGUCUCUAUUGAGUGUGCUUGGGGCUGCGCUGAGGGAGAAAGGGUGGGAGGUGAAGAGAAAGAAGGCCGUUGGGGAGGGAGAGGUUGAUGGGGCGUUAUUGGAGGAGACGGACGAGAAGGCUGAGUAG